AUGUCACAAGAUGAAUGCAAAAAAUAUUUGAGAUUUCUAGAACUUGAUGCUUAUGCAAAAAUAGUAUCAGCUUUAAGAGCUCAAGGUCCAUUAACCGAAGUAAAACAAAAGUUAUUAGAAAAUUUAGCUACAGUUCUUCAUAUAUCUAAUGACCGGCAUCAGGCAGAAAUUCGAAGGGCUGUAAACGAUGAUAAACUGUCAAUAAUAGCAGAGAAAUUAUUUGGACCAAAUACUGAUACUGAAUGGACUGUGGAAGGUCGUAGAAUAAUUCCUCUUUUGACUAGAUUAAAAGGUCGUACAGCAUUUACAACAUUUGCUAACAGUUUGUCAUUAACUACUGGUAUUGCUAAUGAAAGACAGCCACAGUUUCAAAGACAAAAAGAUGUAAAAUUUGAAAGUGAAUCUUAUUAUGAUUCUAAAUUUGGCAAGAAAAUAUUGAAUAAUGAAGGUGAGAAUUCAUUUACAUCUAGAAAAAGGAAGAGAUUAUCUCAAGAGAUUUCAGCUUUAAAUAAUGGUAUAUAUACACAUCCAAGUACAAGUGACAAUAAAAUUAGUAUAAAAAUUUUAAAUAGUACAAAAUCAUUUUCACCAACACGGUUGAUUAUGGAUCAGUGUACAACAAACAGACAAAAGAUAGAAAAUAAUAAAUUAGACCAAUGUCGUAAACAUCAAAAUAGAGAUAUUCGAAAAUUGUCUUAACUGCAAACUUUAUUAUUAGUCAUUUGUAAAGUAACUAUGUAUUUAAUUAAAUAGGAGGUUUUUUAA